AUGAACGCUGGGAUCCAUCAUUACAAGCCUCCCGGUGUGCCUGUAGAGCCGCAGCCAGCCCAGCAGGUCAAGGCCUACCCGUGUGGCACGUGCGGCAAGCGGUUCGCGCGUCGUAGCGAUCUUGCUCGUCACGAACGCAUCCACAGCGGUAUUCGCCCCCAUGUCUGUGAUUACCCCAACUGCGGCAAGCAGUUCAUUCAGCGCUCCGCCCUCACGGUCCAUCAGCGUGUGCACACUGGUGAGAAGCCACACAUGUGCGAGCGUUGUGGAAAGCCCUUCAGCGACAGCAGCUCUCUCGCCCGUCACCGCCGCAUUCACUCGGGCAAGCGUCCUUACAAGUGCCCUUAUGCCGAUUGUCAGAAGACUUUCACGCGCCGCACGACCUUGACCCGCCACCAGAACCACCACACUGGUACCGUUGAAGAAGCUGCUGCCGCUACUGCCGCCGCGCUUGCUGCCCGCGCCAGCGUGAAACCGGGAUCAACCCGCUCUGACGGCGACUCCAUGUCCAACCGCGGUUCUCCUAUGACCACUCCCUCGCCGGCUCAACGUACGCUCUCCAUGUCGCCUAGCGCCGACCAGAUGCAACGCAGCAAUGCCGAAUUUGGCUACAUGGGCAACACAUCACUGCCGGUACACCUUCAGCGCGACAUGCAUGUCGGCAGCCCUGCGUCCACUACUUCUGCAGGUUACAGCAACGGUGUGCGGCCCACCUCGCACCCUACCGGCUACGGCAUGGUGCCGCCUCCCACACUGGAACCCAAUGUCGAGCAGCACUCGGGCCCUGGAAGCGCCGGCGGCAGCCCCCACAUGAGCACCAUGGGAUGGCAGUCGCCUUCGCACGUCGCUUCGCCGUCGCAUAGCAACAAUGGCAGCGCCUACAUGUACCCCGAGCCUGAACAUUACCCCGCGGGCCCAACCCUUGGCAACCAGAUGUUCUUCGGACAGGUUCGCCGUCCCCAGAGCACCGAGCCCCCUGCUGCGGCGUACUAG